AUGGGCAGCAGUUCCAGGCCGCAAGCCAACCAGGGCAGCACCACCGUCAGAACUCCUCGAAAACAACAGUAUCAAGCCAGUCAACAGAGGCUUGACAAUAGUACCUUUCAUACUCCCCUUCCCGCCGCGGACGAGUCUCCCACUCCAACCCCGACUUCAAGGCGCUUCUAUCCAGGCACAGGUCGCACCGCCACAGACCCGGACGACAGCGAGUGCGCCACACCCACGCCUGCGCCACACCGCUACGGUUUGCGCGCGCGAAGAGCAUCUCGAGGCUCGUCUCACGUCAAUCGUCCGCCCGCAAGCACCAUGGCCAGCGGGGGGAAAUGGCGCGAGGAGCAGAUCCUCAUCAUCUGCCCCGGUAGUAGGACGACCAUGGCCCAGCUGGGCUGCGGCGAGCUGUCGCCGCCGGCCCACCGUAUCCCGACGAGGAUGUUCCGGGACGAGGAGGAGCCGGAGCAGUGGCGGCCGUAUUACACGUACAAGCGGACGACGGUGACGGACGGCGUCGAGCACGAGGAGUGGGUGGAGGAUGUCGACGAGGACAAGGGCGCCGUGUGGCCAAUUGAGGGCGGCCGCAUCGUCCAGAUGGACGCCUUCCUCGCCUUCCUCGACCACGUCCACGGCCUCCUCACCACCACAUACCACAACACCCCCAUCAUGCUCAUGGCAUCCCCCCAGUGGACGCGCCCCGACUGCGAGACCAUUGCCCGCUACAUCUUCGAAAAGACAAAGACGCCCGCGCUCUGCCUGAUACACAGCGGCAUCGCCACGCAGUACGGGCUCAAAUGGCCCAACAUGACCGUCGUUGACAUCGGCUACGAAAAGGUCGACGUCACCGCCAUCCACGACGGCCGCGUCGUCAACCACAUGGACCUCGGUAGGCCGCUUCCCGACCGGUUCAUCAGCGGCGGAGAGGUCUUUACGCGGAAGCUGCUGAAACUGCUCGAGGGGCAGGGCUUUAACUACGACAUGGCAGAACAGCUGAAGAAGAGCGGCAUCUGCGAGGUGCUGCCCUAUGCUCCGACCAAGAAGGAACUCAUGGAUCUCCCCGUCGAGUCGUCAUCCAACGCACCGCAGUCUCAGCCACGCUCAACAGCAGCAGCCCCCGGCGCGACGGCAGAAGAAGGCGCCGCGCCAGGAUCAGGCGCUGCCGACUCAACAGACAAUGAUGGCCUCGACACCAACGUUGACGAGGAUGGUGUGCUGGACGUCGCGAGCAUCGUCACCAGCGGCCAGACCAAGGAGUUCCUUGCCAAGAAGGAAAAGGAAAAGGAAAAGGGCAAGCCUGGGCGCAAGUCAAACAAGGACAAGGACGGCGACGCGGCAGCUCAAGCGCGGCCCCUGCGGCAGCCCAACUCCAAGAAGGUGCGCAACACGUUCUCCUACGAAGAGAUUGUCAUGGAGGAAGCAGAUGAACCAGCAGCAGAAAAGGCAGUUGAACCAACAGCUGAAUCAGCACCGGAGCCGGCAGCACAAGAAACACAGGCAGAAGAAGAAUCUAAGGCGCCUGCCCCUGUAACGACCGGCACAGAGACCGAGACACCCGUUAUCAAGACUGAGGAACCGAAGCCCGAGGAACCAAAGCCCGAGGAAUCAAAGCCCGAGGAAUCAAAGCCCGAGGAAUCAAAGCCUGAGGUGUCAAAACCCGAGGAGCCAAAGCCCGAUGGCGAUGACAUCGAGAUGCCUCCUGAGCUCAGGCCCAAGCGAAUCCGGCGCGAGAUCGAAGUCGGCCUGGAGCGGUUCCUGUUUGCGGACCGCGACGAAAUCGACCGCAUCGUCAGCACCAUCUACCGCACGAUCCAGGGCGUCGAGGACAUGUACAUGCGGCCGGCGUGCUGGGACAACCUCGUCUUCGUCGGCAACGGGUCGCGGCUGCGCGGGCUCAAGGACAACAUCCUGCAGACGCUCAACGCGCGGCACCUCAUCUCGCCGUCGACGGCCACCAUGUUCACGUCGGAGCUGCCGUCCAACGUGGCGACGCCCGCGGGCACCGGCUCGCAGACGCCCGUCGGCUCCUUCAGCGGCGCGCCGCACCAGCUCGCCAGCAGCGGCGUCAACCCGCUGCUGCAGGCGGCCACGACGGCCAGCACCCUGGGCGUCCCCGGCCGUGACACGAUCCAGGUCGCCACGGGGUCGACGCCCAUGGUCGGCUCCGAGGCCGCGGGCCCCGCGAGCGGCCACCACUUCCACAGCCAGACGCCCACCAGCAUCCGCACGAUUGCGCUGCCGACGUACCUGAGCGAGUGGAGCAAGAACGGCUUCGAGGAGGCCAUGUUCCUCGGCGCCCAGGUGGCCGCCAGGAUAGCCUUUUGCCUGCACUCCAACAUGGACGCUCAGGCGAUUGAGGCCCAAAAGUCAAUGAGCCUGAGCAGAGUGGAUUACAAUGAACACGGCCCCAAAGCCAUCCGAACACAUUCCAUGCUCAGCUGA